GCCGGACCAGAGCCUUCAUGAAACAGAACAAAGAUUGACCUCUGCUGCUUGGGUGGUUUUAUUUAUGUCUGGAAAUGCUAUGUCCAUGACUAAGUCUGAGUGCAUGCCACUCUGGAUGGCAAAUGUCUUAAGUUGCAGUUUGGAGGAUAAUGAGCUCCGAGUUAUACCAGUAUUGAUAGAUUCAGAUCCUAGUAGCAUUCCGGACUUCAUACGCUGGGUGACAUACAUCAGCAUUAAAGAGGAGGGGUACCAAAACAGAAUCCUUGACAUCAUCAAUGGCAAACCAGUUUCAAUGAAGUCAUUGUCUCCAGUUGGGAAUGUAGCGUAUGGUCUAGCCUGGGCGUUUUUUAUGAAUUAUUUACGAUAUGCUGUUACUGAACUUGAAAAAAGAUGUGAACAAAAAAUGAAGGAAAUAAGCGUCGAUCCUAAAAAGUGUGUUGUAAAGUUGUUCGAGUUCAUUCCUUUAUCUGGUAAAACGAUUCAUUCACUAGAUGAGAUUGAGUCCUCAAAAUACGGCAUAGAAAAAUUUGGAUCUGUUCGUAAAGUGGAAUCCAGUGUUGCAGGUGUGAGAAGACAGUUUGAUGUGAAUAUGUAUGGCAUAUAUAAAAAACCUAAACACCCAAGUGAACCUAAAGAAUUUGUAGAGUUUUUCAUGGGAGAAUUUGCAGCACCUCUACGAACUUUGCGCAAUAUGCAUGAAUCCUAUAUUGCUGGAUUGAAUAACCAGCAAUUCACCAAACAAAUUGAACAGUUUAAAAAGGAGCUUCAAACUAUAUUGCGAAAUGUCCCAAGAAAAGAAAAUAAGCUAGAGGAUGUUAGAGACUGUUGUGUCCCAAUUCUAUAUGAAGAUGAUAAAAUAGAUUUCAUCGACAAUUUGAUGGACGAAAUUAAAAACAUCCGAAUGGGAUCCGACGUUGGAAGUAGAUUAGUCGAAGACGACAGAGAACCAUGA